CGGCUACUUUGGCUAAAACCAUGGAUUCUCCUAUGACAGUGGAGGGUUGUUUUAAACCACCAGGCGCGUCGAAAGUUAUCGAACCAGCUUCCACUCCCGAGUGGCCGGGGCAAGUUACGCUCGAUGCGUUCUAUAUGUCUUCUGAAGACAUGAUUAUCGGCGGUGCCGACCCCAACUCGACUGGUGGUCGUGGGCUAAUCCUCACUAGUUGUUACCUUCGGCCAGAUCUCUCCAUCUUCUGGAAGAUGCAUGAUUUUGUUAAGUCCAAUCACUUUGAAUUCGUCGUCGGCUUCGAGUACGACCAGGCGGGCACGCUUCCGGACUUUGUCUCGCGUCAGAUCGCUGCAUUCUCCUCCAUCCUCUCCUCUCGCCCUUGUUCGGGUAUCUGGCAGGCCUUCGUCUCAUCCUUUGGGUCCCGCUCUGUGCAUGUUCUCGGAAGAUUCUCUCCGGUCAUUAUCCUUCGCGACCCAACGAGAUCUAUCACCUCUUUCGUCAUUUGUUUCUCUCAGUUGGGCGAUGCCUGGGGCCUGCCGAAUCGCUACAAGUGCCCUGAAUGUGCCGCCACUAGUCCAGUUCUUCAAGCGACCACAGACGCCCUUAACAUCACACAUUUUGCCUGCACGAGGUGCUACUGGGGUAUCGGUCUGAGCAGCAAGAUGCCUAUUAUACCUCCACCAACGUGCCUGAUGAAGAUCGCAACGGACACGUUCUUAUACUCGUAUCCUGUGAAGAGGGAGCUGAGCGACUACGUUGGUAGGAAGUUUAGGGAGUGGCGUUCGGGAGGCGAAGGCAAGCAGGUUUGGAAGGAUUGGUUGGAUACGGACAGGGGAAGAGCGCAUCUCCGGAUUGUGGCAUCGCUCGAGAAAGGUGUGAUGUUUCCGAGAUUCGACUAGGAGGCGUUGGAGAGGUCGGAUCUGUUGUGGUCGAAGAGGGUCAGGCCUUGAUCGGGUGGCGAGUUGAGGCGAGGCGAGGCGAUGAUCGUCAUGGUUCCGUAGAGCAUCAAUUUCUUCUGUACAUUUGUACUUCACCAUCUGUAUUGUGGACUUCCUGUACAACUGUAUCAAAUAUGUAGGUUAC